GCGACGCAUAGUCUCCAUUCAAAUCAGUCUGAUUCAGAUCGUGCUACUUGCAGUUAGCAGGGCAACAAAUCACUCCGCGAAUUCGUUCGAUUUCCUCAUAAAUGUUUUUGGUAUUUUUCUUUUAAGUGUUGUGAAAUGUAAUAUCUAUCUCCAACCAACAUGGAUCUGAAGUGGUUCAUCAUCUGCGUUUUUGUCAGCUUCUUAAAUACAGUAUCUUGUCAACAUAAGUUUAUGUACAAACCAACCGACUUUCCAUAUUCAAGAUGCACGUAUCAUUAUCCGGACCGCAUAACGUGUGAAAACCUUAAUAUCACUAAAGAACGACGAGAAAAAAAGAGUGUAUGGCCACCAGGGCCAUAUGCAAUACCAAUGUCCAAGUAUGGCUGUCCCGAGUCGCAGUCUCGCGGAUGGUUUAAAAGUUUAUUGAAGGUCAACAUGAUUGCAAUAAACAGCAGUUCUGACAGUUAUUCUACAGAUUACAAUAGGGAAUCGGAACGGAAUUCUUUAUUCGUAGACGAUGACUUUUUCAAACCACCAUUCAAGACAGAGGAUGUGAAGCUGUAUUUUUGCGUAAAAUUCCGAAACGAAACUAAACUUGAUCAAGGACAAUGGAUUCCAGGAAACUACAGCGUUUAUAAGAUUGGACAAUCGUGUCCUUUAGAAUUCGAAGAGUCAAGCCGAACACUUCCCAUCACUGACUUUGUGUCGUAUGGUAUUGUUCCUAAUAUUGAAGCGUCAAGAGAAGGACAAUCCAAAGGGUUCAUCAACAUUUCAAUGUGUAAAAGAGUAAACCGUAGAGACAUAGGAAACACUCUAACAAACGUCACAUUCAGUAUGUUUGAAACUGAUUUCAUUCUUGAAAAGGAUCCAGAUACAAAUUGCCUCAAAUUCAACGAUUCAUCUGUAUCCGAAGGAGCAACGCACUGUUUUUAUUACUCACAAGUCGAAAACAUUGAUCAUGGAACAGAAAUAGAUUUGAUUCUAAAUCAAUAUUUUCUCACAAUAUUUCAUAAAGGUAGGAUUUAA